GCGGGCUCUUGCGGAAGUCCAUGCGCCAUUGGAAGGGCCGCAGUGGCUUCUCUGUGUCCUUGUUGCCCAGAGCCUCUUCCUGGGUCAUUCCUGGAGCAGGAGCCGGACUGGGGCUCACACCAGGGCUCCCGCGUGGUCUCCGCGCCUGCGUGACCUCCUCUCUGGAGGGAUGUGGCGACUCCGCCGGCCCGCCGUGGCCUGUGAGGUCUGCCAUUCCUUAGUGAAACAUAGCUCUGGAAUAAAAGGAAGCUUACCACUACAGAAACUGCAUCUGGUUUCACGAAGUAUUUAUCAUUCACGUCAUCCUACCUUAAAGCUUCAAAGAGCCCAAUUCCGGACAUCAUUUCAGCAGUUCUCCUCCCUAACUAACCCUCCUUUACAUAAAUUGAAACUUUCCCCAAUUAAGUAUGGCUACCAGCCCCGCAGGAAUUUUUGGCCAGCAAGAUUAGCUGCAAGACUCUUAAAACUUCGGUAUCUCGUGCUGGGAUCUGCGGUUGGGGGUGGCUAUACAGCCAAAAAGACUUUUGAUCAAUGGAAAGACAUGAUACCAGACCUUAGUGACUAUAAAUGGAUUGUGCCUGACUUUGUGUGGGAGAUUGAUGACUACAUUGACUUAGAGAAAAUUAGAAAAGCCCUUCCUGAUUCAGAGGACCUUUCAAAGUUGGCACCCGACUUUGACAAAAUUGUUGAAAGCCUCAGCUUAUUGAAGGACUUUUUCACCACAGGUCACAAAUUGGUUAGUGAAGUCAUAGGAGCUUCUGACCUGCUUCUCUUGUUAGGUUCAUCUGGAGAAACCACAUUUAGAGCAACAGAUCAUGGACCUGAAAGUGACAAGCAUUUUAGAAAGGGUCUGCUUGGUGAGCUCAUUCUCUUACAACAGCAAAUUCAGGAGCAUGAAGAGGAAGCACGCAGAGCUGCUGGCCAAUAUAGCGCGAGCUAUGCCCAACAGAAGCGCAAGGUGUCAGACAAAGAGAAAAUUGACCAACUUCAAGAAGAACUUCUGCAUACUCAGUUAAAGUACCAGAGAAUCUUGGAACGGUUAGAAAAGGAGAACAAAGAAUUGAGAAAAAUAGUGUUGCAGAAAGAUGACAAAGGCAUCCAUCAUAGAAAGCUUAAGAAAUCUUUGAUUGACAUGUAUUCUGAAGUUCUUGAUGUUCUAUCUGAUUAUGAUGCCAGUUAUAAUACACAAGAUCAUCUGCCAAGGGUUGUUGUGGUUGGAGAUCAGAGUGCUGGAAAAACUAGUGUGUUGGAAAUGAUUGCUCAAGCACGAAUAUUCCCACGAGGAUCUGGGGAGAUGAUGACACGUUCUCCAGUGAAGGUGACUCUGAGUGAAGGUCCUCACCACGUGGCCUUAUUUAAAGACAGUUCUCGGGAGUUUGAUCUUACCAAAGAGGAAGACCUUGCAGCAUUAAGACAUGAAAUAGAACUCCGAAUGAGGAAAAAUGUAAAAGAAGGCUGUACUGUUAGCCCUGAGACCAUAUCCUUAAAUGUGAAAGGCCCUGGGAUACAGAGGAUGGUGCUUGUUGACUUACCAGGUGUGAUUAAUACUGUGACAUCAGGCAUGGCUCCUGACACAAAGGAAACUAUUUUCAGUAUCAGCAAAGCUUAUAUGCAGAAUCCUAAUGCCAUCAUACUCUGUAUUCAAGAUGGAUCGGUAGAUGCUGAACGCAGCAUUGUUACAGAUUUGGUCAGUCAAAUGGAUCCUCAUGGAAGAAGGACCAUAUUUGUUUUGACCAAAGUAGACCUGGCAGAGAAAAAUGUGGCUAGUCCAAGCAGGAUUCAGCAGAUAAUUGAAGGAAAACUCUUCCCAAUGAAAGCUCUAGGUUAUUUUGCUGUUGUAACAGGAAAAGGAAACAGCUCUGAAAGCAUUGAAGCUAUAAGAGAAUAUGAAGAAGAAUUUUUUCAGAAUUCAAAACUCCUGAAAACAAGCAUGCUAAAGGCACACCAAGUGACUACCAGAAAUUUAAGUCUUGCUGUGUCAGACUGCUUUUGGAAAAUGGUACGAGAGUCAGUUGAACAACAGGCUGAUAGUUUCAAAGCAACACGUUUUAACCUUGAAACUGAGUGGAAGAAUAACUAUCCUCGCCUGCGAGAACUUGACCGGAAUGAACUAUUUGAAAAAGCUAAAAAUGAAAUCCUCGAUGAAGUUAUCAGUCUGAGCCAGGUUACACCAAAACAUUGGGAGGAAAUCCUUCAGCAAUCUUUGUGGGAAAGAGUAUCAACUCAUGUGAUUGAAAACAUCUAUCUUCCAGCUGCACAGACCAUGAAUUCAGGGACUUUUAAUACUACAGUGGAUAUCAAGCUUAAACAGUGGACUGAUAAGCAGCUUCCUAAUAAAGCAGUAGAGGUUGCUUGGGAGACCCUACAAGAAGAAUUUUCACGCUUCAUGACAGAACCAAAAGGAAAAGAGCAUGAUGACAUAUUUGAUAAACUUAAAGAGGCUGUUAAGGAAGAAAGUAUUAAACGCCACAAGUGGAAUGAUUUUGCAGAGGACAGCUUGAGGGUUAUUCAACACAAUGCUUUAGAAGACCGGUCCAUAUCUGAUAAACAGCAGUGGGAUGCAGCUAUUUAUUUUAUGGAAGAGGCUCUUCAGGCUCGUCUCAAAGAUACUGAAAAUGCAAUUGAAAAUAUGGUGGGUCCAGAUUGGAAAAAACGGUGGUUAUACUGGAAGAAUCGGACCCAAGAACAGUGUAUUCUCAAUGAAACCAAGAAUGAAUUGGAGAAGAUGUUGAAAUGUAAUGAGGAGCACCCAGCUUAUCUUGCAAGUGAUGAGAUAACCACGGUCCGAAAGAAUCUUGAAUCCCGAGGCGUAACAGUAGAUCCAAGCUUGAUUAAGGACACAUGGCACCAAGUUUACAGAAGACAUUUCUUAAAAACCGCUCUAAACCAUUGUAACCUUUGUCGAAGAGGCUUUUAUUACUACCAAAGGCAUUUUGUAGAUUCUGAGCUGGAAUGCAAUGACGUCGUCCUCUUCUGGCGAAUACAGCGCAUGCUGGCUAUCACAGCAAAUACUUUACGACAGCAGCUCACAAACACUGAAGUCAGACGAUUAGAGAAAAAUGUGAAAGAAGUAUUAGAAGAUUUUGCUGAAGAUGGCGAGAAGAAGGUUAAAUUGCUUACUGGCAAACGCGUUCAACUGGCUGAAGACCUCAAGAAAGUUAGAGAAAUUCAAGAAAAACUUGAUGCUUUUAUUGAAGCUCUGCAUCAGGAGAAGUAAAUUAUAAAAACUUACUCAUAAUAUCAUCACUUCUGUACACACCUGAAGAAAGAAAAAUCCAAAGUCUUUUGUCCUGCCUUUUUUUCCUUCUGCUGUUCCACCUUUCUAAACAUAAAAUAAAGUCAUGGGAUAAAAAUAAUGUAUGUGUGUUAGAGGCACUUUAACCACCAGCUGCCUUUUGAAUGGAAGAACAAUGGGAAAGGCAUUAACAUCCUAUUUUAUUGUAUUGAAGUGACAAAUUGGGAUAAUGUAAGUGGUAUGACCAUUAGGUUCAGUCCUCGAAGAUAAGAAACUUGCUCUUCUGCUUGUUGUCUCACUUGUGGUGACACUAAUUUAGCUAAUUCAUUAGCUGAUGUUACUCUAUGUCAGUUUCUUUUCCAGAAAAAGAGUGCUAGGUGAUUUGAAAUAAAACUUAAUAGCAAUUUUUAAAAGCUAUCAACUGUAUCUAAAAUAAUGGUAAUCCGAUAAGUUGCUGUCUGUAUCUGUAAUGUUCUCUAUCCAGAAACUCUUUGACCCUGAUAAUUCAGUUUAUACUCAUCAUGUGAAAGAAAACUUGUUAACAAAAGAACCCCUCAAAUAGGAUAAUUUCGUUGACAAUAAUUCCUGUACAUUCAUUGAGAGAGAUUUCAACCCUUCAUUGACAGCUUAGAGUUGCCUUAGAAGCUAAGUCACUGGUAGCUUACCUAUUUGAUUCAGUUGAUGUUUUUGUACUCUCUCUAUCCAUUUGAAUAUCAUUCAUUUUGAAUGUUGUAUACUCAAGCUAGGCUUUCUGUUAACAGUGUUUGUUUGUUUUUACCUGUUGACAGAGCUCUUGUUGUGACAGAGGAGAGGGAAGAUUGAGAAUAAUCAAUUGACUGAUUGCAUUUAGACUAUUGUCAAACAUUUCAACUAGGCAUCUGGAAAAGGCUUUCUUUCAUAAGACUGUGUUUUAAAUAGCAAUUAUUUCAACAGUUAGAAUGAUGUUGCCCAUACCUCUUUUAGCUGAAUGUAAAGAAAAAUACAAAGUAUAAUGUAUUGCAGUUCAAUUACAGUGAUACCCUCACAGCAUUUUCAUGUUUUAUGUAUUUAUUUUUAUUGGCUAAAGGACUUUAAAACAAAGAAAUAUGCCAUUUUUGAUUUUAAAUAUCUUUCUCAUUUAACUCUACUAUUUGCUACCAUUUCAUUAAGCCUUUAUUAUUCUAACAGAAAUGCUCAUUGUGUGAUAGUUUUUAUUUUACAGUUUACUUAAUUUUACAAUUUUCUUGGAAUUAUGUUUUGGUAACAAUUCCUUGCCACUCUGCAUUUUUAAAUAUUAAUAUCAAUACAUUCUUCAUUGUGAUCUCUGUCGAGACCUGACACUUAAUAUGCAAGGUUGAAGGAUAUCACAAAAUAUUUUAGAAAUUGAGAAUUCAGUAAAUAUUUGUUUUAUACUGUAUGAUAAGAAAAGCAGAUCCAGUUUUCAGCAGCUAUUAGCCACCUACAUUGUUAUUUGGUAAGUCAGUAAUCAAGAGCAUUUCCCGUCUUUUAGAAGUCGGGAUAGUGGGUGAGCAGAAAGGGAGUGGAGCAGCGCAGUGUUCCCCACACAGAUUGGGCGAUGACCUCCCUGGUUAGCUCCCUCUAACCAGUGCUGGCCGGUAGAUAAACCCCUUCGUGGAAGCAGGCUUCAUGCAAUUGUUAAGGCUUUUGUAGUUGUAAAUCGCAACCGCUUUACAACUAUAAACCUAUUUAUCAAUCAGAAAAGAUAUAGGACCAUAUUUAUUUAUUUCUGUGAGCUCCAAAUAGGAAAAAAUGUCCUCAGCUGUAUUUCUACAGAUUUCUCCCAAGCGAAAGGCUGAUGUCAAAUCAGUACUUUUAUCAUAUCCCUUUGUAUAAAUUUAAGAAAGGGGGUAAGGUGUCUUUAUUUCUUUGAGAUCAGUAUUUGUAAUUUAAAUAUAUAAACAGAUGAUAAAAAAUAAUACUAUUAAGUCCCAUAAAAAUACAGAAAUUCCCCCAUCCUCCUCAGUAAUAUGACAUCUCUCGUGGAUAAUAUAUAUAUUUUCUCUUUUUUUCACUGAUCUCAUACUAAGCAUGCCUUUUUUCCUUUGAAAACUAAGUAUUUAUUAAAUGCAGAUAUUAUUAAAAGAAAAAAUAAAAUUCAGAUUCUCAACAGUAAACCCUGUGUGUUGUGUCUGUAGUUCAAAAAUUAUAAAUGAUUCAGAUUGAAGCACAUUUCAGAAAUCCAGUAUACAGAGUUAAAUUCUAACUAGACUAGGAAUCAUUUGUUUUUCAGGUCAGGAUUUGCACCAAAAGAAAAAAAAAAGUGAACAAAGCUCUGUAGGGAACUGAACAACUGUAAAUUCUAUCUAAAAUUCACUCUGGCAGGGACCAGUUGAAACGAUCAGUAUAUGUAGGCAUUGCACAGUGAGAAGCAAGUUACUGCUCCUUCGUGGUUGAACCAGCGGAGCUAUACUUACAGGUGGAGCAAUCAGCCCUUUUCAGUAUCUUAAUUAUAUUCUCUCCUCGUUGUAUUACCCCCCUUUUCUAGGCGUUACGCCUUCCCACAAAUAAUUUAGCCUCUGAAUGCAAACGAAUGGAGUAAAAAUGGGUUGGGAACAUUGCAGAAGAGUAGUGUUUCCCAACCUUACAAUUUGGAAGUUUUACAUAUGGUAAGAUUCAGAGUGUAGGUUUAAAAGAUCAAUUUCUUUGUUAAUAAUUAUAUAUUUAUUUUAGAUUUAUGUAUCUGUAAAAAGAAAUAUGGCAUUUUGGUUUUCCGAUAACAGGGAUCAAAGUAAUGCUUUUUAUCUCAAUUCUCUAAACUGGUAUAUGCUAUAGUUUCAGGUCCUUUAGCAGUAUGGAUAUGUGCUUACAAAUAUGCUUACUUUUUUAAUAAUCAUGGCUAUGUUUAAGUAUUUAAAACAACUUUGUUUCUACUUGUGCACUGUGAGUGAACUUUGUAUUUUUAAAAACCUUCACAUUACAUGAUAUUACAAUUUAUAUUUUGCCUGUGCUUGAUCUAAGUUCAUGUGUGUAGCUGAGUAAUUAAAGAUAUUAUAUAAGAGAGCAUCUUUUAAGUUUCCUCUGUUUUAAAGA